CGUCAGACGCUUCGCAAGUCCUGUGCGCUAGCUGCGAAGAGGCAACAAGACGGAAGCGCAAUGGCGACAUUGGAUCGAAAAGUACCCAGUCCGAAUACGUUCCUGUACAAACCGUGGUCUGCUUUCAUCGAAGCCGUUAAAUUACAGAACUCUGACAUUGCACAUGUUGAAGAUACGGGGAAGGAUAUCGGGAACGGCAGGGACGCGAGGAAACUCAACAGAGAGGAUAUGCACCUGUAUGGACAGUACCCUGCGUAUGAUGAGCUGUGUCUUGUUGUGUGCAAUAUCUGCAGCCAGGUGGUAAAACCUCAGGGCUUCCUGUCUCACUACGAGAGGAGACACGCCCCCUCCUGUGACUCCAGGCCCCCCCUGACUCAGAGGCCCAAGGUGUCACACAGCAGCCCCCCCCAGCCCCGGCCCUUCCGACCCCCCCGGGACAACCAGCACACCCCCUUCAGCAGGGCGCCCCACACUGUGUACCCCCCGAAAGGGGCUCGCACCAAGCCAUGUGUCUCUGUGCCGGUGGUGAGCCUGGAGAAGAUGUCGUGUUUGGGCAGGGUAGAGGGGCCUCAUGUCCGGAUCAGCUACCCCUCGUCCUCUUCAUCCUCCUCUUCCUCGCCCGCCGCGUCGGUCCGGCCCCCUCACAAGCCCCAGGAGCGCGUCCUGAACGGCAGGGGUCCCUCAGCGCCCAGCCCCUCCCCCUCUACACUGGACAAGAGACCCUCCCCCUCCCCAUCCCCCACCGCUCUGGACAGAAGGCCCACGCCCUCCCCUUCCUCCUCAUUGGACAGGCCGUCCACGGCCCCGCCCCCUCUGCUGGACAGGAAGCACCAAAACGGCACUAAGGGCACCAAGCCAUAUAAGAGGGUGUCAGGAAGAGUGUUUGAUCCCAACAAGCACUGCGGCGUCCUGGACCCAGAGAGCAAGAAACCUUGCACACGCUCGCUCACAUGCAAGACCCACUCUCUGACCCAUCGGAGGGCGGUCCCGGGACGGGGGAAGCAGUUUGACUCCCUGCUGGCGGAGCACAAGGGGCGGCACCUCAGGGAGCAGCAGGGAAGCCACGCCCACCCCAGCCGGCCCGCCCAAUCACACGAGCCCACCAGCAGCACCUCGACAGACUGCCAGGACGGCAGGACCACAUCUUUACUGAAAAGCAGACUGGCCACUGCGCACAUACCCAGGCCCCCGGGGGGGUGGAGCAGUGUGGGACCCCCCCCUGACAGCGCCCCACCGUGCCCCGCUGCAGGGGGGGGAGACCGGCUGUCCGGCGAGGAGGGCGAGGGGGAGACCCCUGAGGAUUUGGACUGUCCCUACUCCUCUCAUCACCCUCGGCCCAUGGCGUGCUGUGCGUUCGGCAGCCGGCUGAUGGGCCGGGGCUGCUUUGUGUUCGAGCGGCGGUGGGACCGGGUUCGAGUGGCGCUGCGCUGCAUGGUGGAGAAGCACGUCAACGCUCAGAUGUGGAGGAAGAUCCCCCUGGCCGCCGAAAGCCGUACGCCUUACCCCGGGUCCCAGCCUGCCCCGCACCCCCUGGCCCCGCCCGGCUCCGCCUCCCUGCCCCCCCCUCUCCUGCCCUCCCCCGCCCUCGCCAGCCCGACCAACAGCGUCUCCAUGGUCACCUACUCCACGGCCUUCCCCCAUGUGGGCGGGGGUGGGGGCGUGUUCAGCAUUGUUGACUCCGCCUCCCUCCUGCCCCCUGUCCCGGCGCUGGCCCCUCUGUUCCCCUCCCAGAGCCGGGCCCCCCGCUCCAGGCCCAGCAAGCCCCCAAAAGCCUGCGAGCCCCUCUCGCGAGGAGGGGGAGGGGCUGCAGGCGGGACCACGGGAGGGGGCGGAGCUUUGGGUGGGACCACGGGAGGGGGCGGGGCUGUGGGUGGGGUCACGGGCAGCAAGAAGAGGAAGUCGCCGCUCUCCUCCUCCUCCUCCUCCUACACGGGACCCCCCAGGGGGAACUUCCACAGUGCCACACCCCCACCCAACUCCCACCAGUCCAGCCCCACGCUCAGCAGCAACGGGACCUCCCCUCUCUGUGCCAAAACCCCGCCCCCUGGCCCCGGCCUGCCCCGGCCACUCCCCUUCUCCGGGGACCACGCCCUCUUCGCUCGGGCCGACGGGAGGAAGCGCAAGAGCUCCAGCCCUGUCGGGCGACCCGGCAAGACGCCUAAACCCGCCGCCCUCAGCAGCCUGUACAGGCCCCCCGGCCCCGAGCCCCACCCCGCCCUCCCCCGACAGCCAAAGGUACAUCACUGAGGGAGGGGCGUGCGGCGACCUGGAUGCAGAGCUGUUUCUGGUUCAGCCAAAGGUACCUCACUGAGGGAGGGGCGUGCGGGCCCUCACCCUAAACCUAACCCUGGAUGCAGAGCUGUUUCUGUGCCCGGGGGGACAGGCGGUCAGGCGACCGUGCGGACGUAAGGUUGAUGUCACGGCGUAAUGACAUCACCGCGCGGAGCAGCGGUGCAGCCUCCAACCGAGACCCUGCUCUACUCACACACGCACUUUGGGGUUUUGGGGUGACUGGGGGGACCCCACUUUGGGAAGCACAGUGUUAUUGGGAUCCCUCAGACUGGAGAUAAUCACCAUUGAUGCUUCACAGACCUGGAAAGGAAACAGGAAACAGGAAAACAGGCUCAUUUUAGCUUUAGUUUGGUUAAAAACGCCAUUUAAUUUGCAUGGAUUUGGGACAUAUUUUACUGACAUUAAUGGAUGCGCCUGUGCCCCAUUGCGUUUGGAAAGGGGUAGGCUGGGGCUCAUCUCUGACACGGGAGCUUGGCAGUUACUCUGCAUUUCCAGCAAUCUGAAGGACCUGCAGACUCCUCCCCCUCAGCCUGUGGAUCAGACACAGCCCUGCCCCCUGCAGGUCAGUGUGAAAAGUGCACUUACUCCCAGCUCACCCCUCCAGCAUGCUGGGAUGGGCUCCAGAGUGCAGCCAGGAACUUUUAAACUUCGGUUUGGGGAAAUAUAUUUUACCGGCGCUGUUCUCCGGCAAAUGUGUGUUUUAAUAUAAGAAGUGGAAGAAGUCAGGUAUUUCAUGGGUGUGGGUUUUGAGCACCUUCAGGCGUACAAAGCUUGCAUCCCAAAUGUACAAUUUCAUAGUGUACUUUUAGUUUGAUUAUUUGUCAUUUCUUUUAAUAUUGUUCUAUCUGACCCAAUAAUGCUACAGUCCUUUAGCAGAAUUAUAUUUGUAUUUCCCUUUUAAAGUUCAAAGUAUUAUUAUAGUAUUUCAAUUGUUGAAAAAAGGUGUACAAAUUUGUACUAUUUUUAUAUUUAUUUUUAUUUUCUCAGAACUGAAAGAUUUUACGACUUUUUUAAAACCCUCCUUGGUCACAUGAAAUUUAUGAAAUUAAUGAGAUUUAUGGAAACUGUAUGUCAAACUCCAUAAGGAGCGUGGCAUUAAUUUGCUCACAGCUUUUUAUUUAUUUAUUUUCUCUUAUGUCCACAUCUAAAGUUGUGAGAAUCAUUUUUCUGAAACUUGGUUCAUCUGAAGAACGCUGUCUUCUUUGCCUCCCAUCUCCUGUCUGUUCAAAACGAGACCCCGUCCCGCUGUAGGCAAGACCCCGUCCCGCUGUAGGAAGCCAUUUUAGGUGGAAUUGACAUACCAUGCUCUCAACUCAAACAAUUUGAACCAAUCGUAAGGAGGGUCAGAAUCAGCAGCACUUAAAAAAAGGUACCAGGGGCUUGCCUUUUAAAAAAAAAAAAAAAAGAAAAGAGUGGUAUUUCUCCCCUAUACUUACUGAAGAGCAUCGUUUAUCGUUUAAUGUGUCGUCUUAAGGCAAGCUUGGGACUGAUAACUAAUUAAAGUUUUCCGAAGGGGCUCGGCUCUCAGACUUGAACCCCGGGGAUUGUGGGUAUGGUAACUGUGGUAACGGCCCGAGUGCAUAUCUGUCCAUUAUGAGCUAAAGAGCCAAACUGAUCCCAGAACAGUGCUGGUGCACGGAGGCACUGUGUGAGUGAGGCCUGUGCAGGCAGACCCCUCAUAGGGCCUCUUUGCUUCAUCUCUACUUUCAUUACUGUGUGUUAAAAUAUGUUU